GUUACGCACGUAUAUAGUGAUAUGAUAUACACGAACGAUUAAUCUCUAAAAUGAUACAUCGGAUUUAUUAUAUCUUUGUAAUUUCGUUUAUGAUUUGGGCAUCAUGCCUAUUACUGAAAAGCACGGACGGAUCUCCGCCGCAACUUCACGUAUGCAAUCUAGCCAACGAAAGUGCCAACGCCUGCUGUAGUGCAUGUGCUUACAACCAGCAACCAGGUGAUGAUCUUGGUUGUAACAGAUCCUGUCCCGCUGACUAUCAUGCAAUUGUCGAUAACAAUAACUCGUGCAAUAGGAUCGGAGAACAAUCAACAUCUACUGCCAUUCCAACGACAACUACUACGGAGGAUCCAAAUUUUAACGAAACGGACACUUCGAAUGCAACCAAUCAUACCAUUGCCUCUCUAAAAGUACCUUAUUCGCAUUAUUGCAUUCGCAAUUGUGCAUCGAGAGAAUACUUUGACGAACAACGUUUAAAAUGUCAGCUUUGCCCAACUCAUUGCCUUGAAUGCAGUGAUAAAGAUAAUUGCACAACUUGUUAUGUUGAACAUGACAACGAUUGCCACCAAGAAUGUCCACAAGGUUUCUAUCAGUCUACAAAGAACAGUGCCGGCUCAAUUAUAUGUAAAGGGAGCGAAAUCGAAAGCAAAAGCAAACUAGGUUUUAUCAUUGGAGUCACCGUAGGGGGCGUUGUUCUGGUGGUGUUGGUUGUGAUAGUGAUACUGAUAGUGAUGGUAAAACGAAAGAAAUGGAUUACUGGAAAAACGCACUGGGACUCACAAGACGGCAAUGCCAAAGUUUCGGAUACACUAGCCCUCAACGCAGACGCAGACAGCUCUACGACGAAAGCUAUGGACAGUGGACAUAAAAAUGCCGGUCUAGAAGACUAUGAUCUGGUUACGUUUGACACGAAACAUCGCAAAGAAAAAACCGAUCCGGCCAAAACGAAGCUUGACGCAGACAGCUCUGCGACGAAAGCUAUGAACAGUGGACAUAAAACUGCCGGUCUAGAAGACUAUGAUCUGGUUACAUUUGACCAUAAACAACGCCAAGACAAAAGCGAUCCGGCCCAAACUAAGCUUGACGCAGGCAGCUCUAAGACGAAAGCUAUGAACAGUGGACAUACAAAUGCCGGUCUAGAAGACUAUGAUCUAGUUACAUUUGACACGAAACAUCGUAACGACAAAACUGAUCCGGCUCAAACUAAGCUUGAUCAGCAUACUGAACCCGGCGAGGAAAGAACACGAAGCCGCGAGCAUAAAGUAGAAGACUACAUGACUGUUACAAUUCCACCAUCUGAAAAAACAAAGCCUGAUAAUGAGAAACCCGAGAUCAAGCAAGAAGAUGCUGAUGGCGAUGACAGUACAAACCCGCCGCCAACACCACAGCGUCUAGAAAAAGCGAAAACUGACGUCAAAGAAAAAGCCGAAAACGUACAUGAUGAAAUAGGCAUCAUUCCGACAUCAUUAAGGCGUACUAAUAAGAUUGUUGUAGAUGGGUAGGACUUCAGCCAGGCCAGGCACAUUUAGCACCAACAAGCAGCAUUUUAAAAAAAGUAUCACUAAUUUUAUUUUAACCAUGUGUGAACGAUAGUAUAAUACUGCAGUACAUUUGUGAUAUCACAUUCAUUUACGUCUUGAGUCUAAGCUUGAGACUCAGAAUCAGAAAAGUGAGUUUUAAAAUAUAUAUGUUAUAUGAACAUGUUUAAUAAAAGAUGUGUUGGUAAAAUUAAACAUGUAGAUACAGUUAUGUGCACCAUAUAUUUUUAAAACUUUAUCAUUGUGAUUCUCUUCAAACAAUUUUAAAUAACAUUAAACAUGCACUAAUGAGUCUGAACUUCUGAGUUUGAGUUCAAAUUAUUAGUUUAUGGACUUACCAGUGUUUUCAAGUUAUUUAUGUUUAUUUACAGUAACGUGUAUAUGUACCUAGAUAAAAUGAAGCGUUUUAAAUAUUACAUUUGCCAAGUGAAGCUGACUUUAACACAUUGUAUAAUGUUCAUGUUUAAACUCACAUUUUGUAGAAGGUAUAGUUGUUCGCAAUAUAUGUGUAUGAAUAGUACUUCUAUGUAUUCUUUCACUGUUUCAUCACUUUCUGAUGUAG